GCGCCGAGCCGCGCUCCCGUCCCGCUCGGCAGGCACGGCCGGCGGCAGCAGGCGGGCAGCGGCGAUGCCGCGGGCAAGCGACCCCUCGGGGGGCCGGGUCACGGCGCUGCUGGCCCUGGCGCUGGCGCUGGCCGGGUCCCCGGGCGGCGGGCAGCACUACGACUACUACGGCUGGCAGCCCGAGAGCCUGCCCCACGGGCGCUUCUACGGGCGGGAGCCACAGUGCCUCGACAUCCCGCCCGACAUGCAGCUCUGCCGCGACGUGGGCUACAAGCGCAUGCGGCUGCCCAACCUGCUGGAGCAUGAGACCAUGGCUGAGGCCAAGCAGCAGGCUGGCAGCUGGGUGCCCCUGCUCGCCAAGCAGUGCCACACCGACACCCAGCUCUUCCUCUGCUCCCUCUUUGCCCCCGUCUGCCUCGACCGGCCCGUCUACCCCUGCCGCUCUCUCUGCGAGGUGGUGCGUGACUCCUGUGCCCCCGUCAUGGAGUCCUAUGGCUUCCCCUGGCCCGAGAUGCUGCACUGCAGCAAGUUCCCCUCCGACCAUGAACUCUGCAUCGCCGUCCAGUUUGGGAAUAGCAAGGCCACCCCACCACCAGUGUCCAAGAUCUGUACCCAGUGUGAGAUGGAGCACAAGGCGGAUGGCAUGAUGGAGCAGAUGUGCUCCAGUGAUUUUGUGGUGAAGAUGCGCAUCAAGGAGAUGACGGAGGAGAACGGGGAGCGGCGGCUGGUGGCCGCCCAGAAGAAGAAGGUGCUGAAGCUGGGCCCACUCAAGCGGAAAGACACCAAGAAGAUGGUCCUGCACAUGAGGAACGCCGGCGCCUGCCCCUGCCCCCAGCUUGACAGCCUCAGCGGCAGCUUCCUGGUGAUGGGCCGCAAGGUGGGCAGCCGCCUGCUCCUCCUCGCCAUCUACCCCUGGCAGAAGCACAACAAGGAAAUGAAGUUCGCCGUCAAGUUCAUGUUUUCCUACCCCUGCCCCCUCUACCACCCCCUGCUCUAUGGGGCUGGGCAGCAUUAGGCUCUGCCCACCCUGCCCCACCCUAGGACUCCUGCACUGACCUGACGCUACACCCCUGGCAUCCCUGGUUGCACCCCAGGACCCCAGCUCUGCUCCCUUCAACUCCUUAGCUGUGCGCCAGGACUCUGCUCUGCACCCCCAGGAUUCUCAACUGCAUUUUUGGCAGCCUUGAUCCACAGUCAGGACCCCUGCCUACUCCUGAAAGUCCUGCUCUGCACCCCUGAGACCCUUGUUCUGCUCCCAUGACCCCUGCCCACACCCAGGAACUUAGGUUGCACCCAGGACCCUUGCUCUGCAUGCUUAUGAGCCCUGAUCUGCACCAGAGACCCUUGGCUACUUACUCUUAAGCCCCCUGCCCGGCACCCCAGGGACCCUUGCAUGCACUUAGGAUCCCUGCUUGGCUCUCUUGGGACCCCUUAGCUGUGCCUGAGACCGCUAUCCUGCACCUCUGUGUUCCCUGCCCAGCUCCUUCAUGACAUGCCCCAGACCCUCAGCCCCCUCAAAUCCACCAGAGCAUCUCAUACCCUCACUUUAAGCUCACACCCCAGCCACGAAUGAUCCCACCUUCACAGGGACCCACCCCAGCCAUGGCAGAUCCCUCCUGCCCCACUGUCCCCACAGACUGGCCCCCUCAAGACCAAGUGCCCAGAGUAGCACGGCCCCUGCCUGGGCUCCUCCACCCUUCCCAUCCCACAUGUUUCAGUGAAGGGGGGCUCCACCGCCAAGCCCCCCAGACCAGCCCUGCUGCAUCCCUCACACCCACUCCCACUAAGACCCAGCCCAGGCACCUAUUGCCCAUCCACACCACAGUAAAUUAUUCCACCUCGGAGAGCCCUGUGUCCAGCUCCCUGUGGUUCGUGGCCAAUUGCCCCUUGGGGCUCCCUCGAGGACCCCAGGAAGGAUGGGAGGGGGUCUCCUGGUCCUGCCCUCUGAGGAGUGGGGGCAGCCUGGGCUCCGGCCCUAGCUCUGCUCCAGAGCCCGAGGCUGGGCAGCCCGGCCAAGCCGAGGGAUGAGGCUCCCAGCAGUCGCAGGCAUGGCUGAAGGCUCAGGUACCCCUGCCACAUCAGGAAGCCUGGGAGGGGGGUGAGAUGUGGAGGAUGGGGGGGGCGGACAGGGGCAUCACUGGUGCUGCUGAAACCCCACAGCUUGUUCUGAGGGUGUUUGCCAGAGAGGUUUCUCCCUCUGUCACCCCUGGGGGUCAGAUCCACAGGCUGGGAGUUGGAAGCACAUGCGAGGAGCCUGGCACUGAGCACAGUAGGGGGCAGACCCUGGACCAGGCAGUCUCCAUCCCUGGGCACCCCACCUCCAUGCCACCUGAAAACCCUGUCUGCAGCCCCCAGCCAGCCCUGCUCAGCUGCCAGACCUCCCACCCCACAACCUCCAGCCUCCUCCCACAAGGUUCCCUGGGGCCACCCACCUGCACCAGCUAGGACCACCCCCCCCCAGCAGCACCAGGACCGGGAUGGCCCUCAGCCUGGCCCCGCUGAUGGCAGCAGGGUGCUGCCGCUCGCCUCAGCUCCCCCCAGUCCUGGAGCAGAAGCUGCCUCUGCCCCAGCAGCCUCCCCAAAUCCCAGCAGGCAAGGGGGGGUGCAGCCCACCCGCCCCAGUCCCACUCCAGUCCUGUUUACCCAGUGCAUUCUUGCGUCCACCCGUCCCGCUGGGUGAGGGAGGCACGAAGGCAGCCGCCGGGAUAUUUACCCAGCGCCUGGCUGCCUGACACUGCGGCUUCUCACCGGAGCUGGCCCCGCCACAGGAGAGCCUCCCGGGACAAGAGGGGAAUUGAGGCUGCGGGACGCCUGUGCCCACCCUCCUCCCAGCUGACAAGGCCACUGGGCACCUGCCCCAUGCCAGGGUGAUCCCCCCCUUCCUCUGCCCCUCCUUGGGCCCCACAGGCCACCCCUCAGAGCCCCACAGGGCGCUCACACCCUGCCCCAGCCAGGGGGACAUGCCCCUGACCCGCAGCCAGCCAGGGACGUGGGGCACCCACCCCCUGCCACAGCCUCACACUGGGGGCAGGCGGUUACUGCCCCCACCCUCCAACCUGGCCAACAUGGAAAAAAAAAAAAUGCAGAAUAAACUCAAAUACUGUUAGAAGGUUAUGUUCAGAGCAAGGCUGCUGAGCCUGCUGCCAUAGGAAUAAACAUCAUCAAUUAUGUCAUUUUACUGCAAAACUUAAAGUGUGCAAAUAAAACCCCAUCUCCCACAGUCCAA